CUGCACUUCCGGUUUCAUAGAUAUUAGCGUUUCACUUCCAGCUCUGAUAAUGAGACUGUGGUUCUGUCUAAGUUUCCUCAUCGCCCUGUGCCUGGAGCAUUUUCCAGGAACCCUGGCAGCUGAAAGGAAUAAUCGUGACUACCCCAUAAGAACCCACUUACAUGGCCAUCAUAUACCAAGGUAUACCACCGGUUUCCGGCUGGGUGAACACGGUUUAAGAAAUGUUCCAGAGAGUGAAGAAAAAACUGAGCAGUUCCUGCGGGAUUUGUCUGAGAUCAGCCGCCUACAAAGAGUUCCAACGGGGUUCACCCCUUUCCGAGGAAAAUUCCAUAGCCAGUCCCUGCGGGAUUUGUCUGAGAUCAGCCGCCUACAAAGAGUUCCAACGGGGUUCACCCCUUUCCGAGGAAAAUUCCAUAGCCAGUCCCUGCGGGGUUUGUCUGAGACCAAGAGGUUACGAGCUACACACAAUAUGCAUUGGCACCGCAAGCCCUGCAAACCGGGUUUGCUGUGUAAAAAAUAGAUUUGAAAGUAGCGUCCCCUGGUAUAAAUAAGCAUUGUUAUGUCACAUGGUGUCACCUCUGUAAUACCAGCUCUGACUGACAUGGUUUAUUAAACAGCAGAUUUGUGCUCUCA